UCGAUUAUUCGAGUUAUCGAAUCAGCGCAUUUGUGAGAGAAUGCAACGUAAACAAUAUAGUUCAGGGUCAAAGUUGUUUACGCUAGCAAAGUGCAGAAAGGUCAAAAGAGAAACUAUUAGUUAAGCGCAUCGCGCGCGAUACCGGUAAAGUGCGCGCAUUCCAAGUUAGCAUGCGCGGCACAACAACUGAAUUCGUCUCACAUACUCAACAAGUUCCACUGGGGUUGGAUGUUUUUCUUUUAGUUCUCCCAGAUUUUAGGAACAGGAAUAUUCACGUAGGAACAGGAAUAUACACGUAGACCUAUACUUUUUAGGUGUCUACACUUGAACAAUUUUAUUACCAAGACAACUUUUACCGUGCUGGCUCGUCGAGGAUGGUUUAGCCCACACUAUCGCCUGGUAUAACUCUGGAAGUGAUUAUUCUGGAUACAUAAACUAAAGGGGAUCUAUAGAUCUAGACUCUAGAUCAAGUCUAGAUCUAGCCUACUCUAUAAACUAAACCGGACUAUCGCGCUCGAUCAAGCCCGAACUUGACAGUGACAAUGGGGAAGAAAAGAGGCGGGCAGACGACUAAACGCAAAGAUCGCGAGACCAGAGCAUCAACACGGAAUGUUAGUGUUACCACAGGACCCAGCACGAGAGUGACAAGGCCUAGAUUUAGUACUACUAGCUCUAGGCCUACUAGUAGUAGGAGAGGGAGAUACACGUCAAGGUCAAUGCCAAGGGAGUCGGUGUCGCAAGAUCAGCCAGUGACCGGCCCAGGGACGGUGGAGCAGGCGCCUGCAGCCCAGGCAGCAACACCCAGUCAGUCGUCGGGACGACCCUCGGUCGUGACACAACCGGGUACUCGAGCCCAACGGUUGUGGCUAUUGGGGGAUAGCUUCGUCAGGAGAGCCGGCGAGAGGGCAUCCUGGACAGGCAACCACAACCUGGGAGUAAAUGCAAGCGAGGUUAAAUGGUUUGGCAGAGGCGGCCUAACCCUACACGAAUUUCCGAGAGCUCUCCAGGACUUACUAAGGUACAACCCAGCUCCUACCAUCAUGAUCAUUCACGUGGGUUCGAACGACCUCGGCCGCUAUGGAGCCAAGCAAUGUCGACAGGCAUUAGAUGAUGCCCUCACCACAGCCCGGGACUUAUUACCGGGGUGCCAUAUUUAUUUUUCAAGCAUAAUACCUCGUUUGUUCUACUAUGGAUAUGGCCGUACAGUGCAUUCGCAAUUAGCGAUUAAUAAGGUGAGGAAAUCCCUGAACAAAUAUGGUUGAAGAAAGAUCAGGCGC